CAGCACUCGGUAUUGGCUAUAAAAAUGAGCUGCCGUCUAAACGAAGCUUAGUUCGACUUAGGCAAUUUUACGGCCGGAUUCAAAAUCAUUUAUACAAUGGCCUCCUGGAACUUAGGACUACUUCUGGCAGUGUUCCUUAUAUAUGAUUCAAUUCCUGUAAACCAAGGAAUGGAGAUUAACCCCAUGAUCAUCAAACAAGUAAAGAAACUACAAUUGCGAUGCUUAAAUCAGACAGGAGCCUCCUUAGAAUUAUUGGCGCAGUCGACCAAGAAUAGAGUUUUAUCCAACGAUCCACACAUCAAAUGCUUUGUACACUGCAUGCUUGACAUGUUCGGACUGAUUGACUCGCACAAUGUCAUGCACCUGGAGUCACUGCUGGAAAUUCUACCAGAGAAUGUACACAACACAAUCAAUGGACUAGUCAGCGCAUGUGGCACUAAAAAGGGAAAAGAUGCCUGUGACACCGCUUUUGAGACCGUCCAGUGCUACAUCGCAGUAAACGGUCAAUUUAUAUGGGAUGAGAUAAUAGUGCUAAUUGGGUAGCGCUCACCCACCUGAACACAUCCCGAUCCACGAUUCCCAAGAGCAGCAGACAGCGCAGGAUGCGCAGUGCCUCGAUCUGAACGCGCACCAUCUGGACCUGCCAAUGAG